AUGGCUGUGAGAACACAGCUUUCGAACACAUCCUUGACCUCAAGUUGCAGAAAUAUCACCAGUCCCAAUGAUUCAAACCUUUGGCAUGGUGAUUGCUGCAAGGAAAAAAUCCAAGAGGUGCGAUGGCUUGGGAACUUUGAAGAGGUGCCCGAGUAUCAGCGCAAGCCGUAUAUUCAUUGGUACUACCGACUUGAGGCACCAAGGAUGCGCCACUUCUGGCGCGUGCAUAAUGAACUUGGUAACAUGUGGACUCAUUUAUUUGCAGCAGCUGUGACACUGAUUCGAUUUCGCUCUUGGUGGCAGUGCGAGCCUACGCAGGAUGCGACCGCAGCACCAAGUCUUGUUUGGACACGACAGACCUAUGCUGCUGGAGUUGCAACGUUUUUCUUCGGGAGCCUGAUAACUUUUUGCAUUUCCGUGAUGUACCACUGGCGGCACUGUGGAAAGGAGCUGGAGGUUAAGUGUUGGCUUUGCCUGGACAUCUCCUGCUGUGGAUUGCUACUGUUGCUUGGGUUUGCUGCUGGAGUCCCAAUGGGCUUUCAUUGCUACCCUGAGCUGCAAAAGGGCUACAUGCUCCAGGCAGUGACUGUUGCCUUGGCAGCUGUAUGUGCCUUCGCUUUCGAGACACCGGCCACUCGCGGGCGCUUCUCCUCCCCGACUCUCAUUCUCGGGGGCAUCAGUGCGUUGUGGCCUGCACUCCACUGGCUAAUGAUCUCAACUGCGGGGCGCCAGGCGGCAGGCGGCUGGCUGCUCGUGGUGAUUGUUUGUGGCAUUCUAGCAACGCUCUUUUACACCAAAUCCAUUCCUGAGUGCUUUGCACCUGGCCGCUUUGACCUUCUGUGCAAUAGUCAUCAGUUAUGGCAUGUCUUUAUCUACGGGGCUAUUGCAGCUUAUGCCGAAGCACUCAUAGCUGUCUUCAAGCUUACCGCCUCCUCUUCCUUCUGCCAGUAG